CGAAUUAAAUGUACUGAAAAGGUGAUAAAAGUGUGUUUAAAGCACCUACUUCAAUGCACUAUGUGAAAAUAAUUUAAAAAGCAUUGCUUAACGCGCAAAAUCGGCUAGAAAGUAUUUAUUAUGGAUAACCAGAGGCAUUUUUGUGGAUUGAAAUAGCUUAAUGCAAAAUAAUUCACGGCAAUCUUCGCACAGAUUUUAUUGAUUUUUCCCUUUUAAUUGGCCAGCAAGGAAAAGUCUGCGGAGAGCGCAAUCUCUGUCUGCUCACGGCUUUCCUUUUUCCCUCUCUCUGGAAAAGCCGCUCUCUUCUUUGUCCUUUGUUUUGCUUAGCUUGUUCGCAAAUAAACAACUCAAUUCACCCACGAAAUGCCAGGAAAAUUAAAUAACACUAGAAAUGCCAAAAAAUAAGAACUCCCCAAUGACAUAUUACAUAUGAGUGCUCGAAAAUAGCCAAAAAGCAUAGGGAAAAGUACCGCCCUGAGACCACAAACUAAUCCCCCGAUCCCUGCACUCCAACAUGCUGAAUAGCCGGAGCCCCCCUCAGCAAUACAAGCAGCAAUCCCCGGGGGGCUCCGUCGGCUCCAUCGGUUCCCUUGGCUCGCUGAGUUCCACCAGCUCCGCGUCCCAGUUGUUGGGCCACUACCAAUCCGCCUACGGACAACAGGGUCACUCGCACGCCUGCUACCAGCACCACCUGCAGCAGCAACAUCAACAGCAGCAGCAGCAGCAUCUGCAACAUCAGCAGAAACACCAGCAACAUCAUCAUCACCACGGAGGACGCACCUCACUCACCCCCACCAUGAAGCGGGGCAAGAAGCAGUGGGGCACCAGGGAAAGGUCCGGCAUGAGUUUCCUCAUCGUCAUCACCUUUUUCGCCGUUUUUGGAUUGAUCAUACUGACCGAGGUCUUCAUGAUCGACGAGCGCACCCACAGCGGAAUGUUGGCGAUGCGGGCGGGCGGCGGAGGAGGAGCCAGUCUGGGCGGUCGGAUGGGCGACUCGAUGCCGGAUUAUGAUAAUGUUAAGGACGAUUACGAUCUAUUGGAUGCCAGCAUUUUGAGUGAUAAUAAAUUAGGAUUUAUACAGCUGCGUGACAAUAAACUAAAAAUUCAAGAAGCCGCAGGCGCCGAUGGCCAGCGCUUGGCAGCCGGAGUGCUCGUCAAUGGAGGCGGAGGCGGUGGAGCGGGAGCGUUUGGCGUGAAUGUACCGCUCAUACCCUGGGGCCAGGUGCUGCCCGGCAAGGUGGAGGAGACGCUGCCCCACUUCCCGUUUGGCACUCGGCCAACCGACGGCUCCUGGCAGGUUGUCAACGGCACCCGCUUCAAGUUCUUUGUCUACUCCGCCUACUUUGAUCGGCGCGAAGGAGCGCGCCUGGUGCGAGUGGUGGGUGCCACCAAGACACGGGGACCGGAGCGGGUCUGGUGUCGCUUCUGGUACGGCCCAAAUCCAGCCAAUGCCACGGAUGCGGGCUCCUCCUCGGCACGUUCCAAAUACUCCUCGGCCACUGUAAUGGCUCGCGUCAAGAUCAUUCGGGAGAACUGGAAUCUGAAGUACAGCGCCUGUUUCAUCCUGUGUCCAGUGCGCACUCCUCCCAUUGGAGUUCCCCAUUUUGUGAGCGUGGUUUCCCGCCUGCGCGCUCCGCCCGGUAACCUACUAACCCUGCGGAAUACCGACCAGGAUGCGGACUUUGCAGCGAUAUCCGAGCGGAAUGUGAGUGCCAAGAAAGGUGGAGUGCCGGCGGGUCGACCCCCGCCAAGUGGCGAUAAUAUACCCGAUCGCAUAGCCGUCUGCGUGAAGCCCUUGCACUUUAACUACGAUCAGGCGCUGUAUCUGAUGGAAUACCUGGAGUUUUACGCCCUGCUGGGGGUAUCCCACUUUACAUUUUACAAUCACACCCUGGGACCGCAUGCCUCCUGCGUCCUGCAAAGUUAUCAGCAGGGCCUGGUGCCCGGAAACCUGACCGCCCAUGAUCUGGAACCGCUGCAGCCCGCGGAGGCGGCCAAUAAUGCAACGCCCCGUGUUCUUAGGACGCAAUACCAACGACCCACGGUCAGCAUCCUGCCGUGGAACCUGCGCAUGCGCAGCCAGAAGGAGAUCCGCACCGAAGGACUCUUUGCGGCCCUAAACGACUGCCUCUACCGCACCAUGUACCGCUACAAGUAUCUGGCCCUGGUCGAUCUGGACGAGUUCAUCGUUCCCCGCUACUCGGACACGCUAAACGAGCUCAUUGGAUCCCUUAAUCAACGCUUUCGUAAUCGCAACACGGGAGCCUAUUCCUUCCAGAACGCCUUCUACUAUCUUCAGUUUGCCGACGAUAGCCUGGCUAGUUCGGGAAUAGAAGGCGGCAACGACCAACUGGCCAGUGUGCGGGCUUCCCUGGUCACCCAACGAAAGACACGCAGGCGCUAUAAGCUGCAUCCUCAGAAGCAGCGAUCCAAGUACAUUUGCAAACCGGAGGCAGUUGUCGAGGCGGGCAAUCAUUUCGUGUGGGAAUUUGCUCCGGGAAAAGGAUCACUCAAUGUUCCGCCAAAGGAGGCCAUUUUGCAGCAUUAUCGGGUAUGUGAAUUCGGUGGCAACGACUGCAUCAAGGCGCCCUCUAUAGUGGAUCGUACGACCACGAAGUAUGUAAAUCGUCUGGUCCAGCGGGUGGAUGCCGUGUAUCGCCAUCUGCGCCAGCGUUGCGAUCUCCCCGCCCUGCCCCCGCUGCCCAAGACCAAGGAAAUGAGCAAGGAAAAGCCUAAAGAAGAGGCCAACGUGAAGCCCAAGUUGUUGCAGAAGAUGCGGGAAUCGAGUGCAAAGGUCACAACGAAGGAGAGCUUAAUCAAAGGUGUGGUUGCCACAGCUACCACAACAACCCCAAAAACAACAACGACGACGAAGAAGGCAACAACGAAAGGAGUGGCAACGAAGAAAUCAAACCCCCUUACCACGCCCAUGAUCACCACGGCAAGAACUUCGGCAGCCCCGAAACAAUCGCAUCCCUCGGCCAAUGUCCGCAAGAAACGGAAGCUUAUCGUUUUCGAGAUCAAUGAUUUCGGGAUUCCCGUGGCCCGGGUGGAGUAUCAAUGAGAUUGGGACUUGGUUGGCAACAUUUAGACGGGGUUUUUCGGUUCGUUUCUGUGCCAAUUAGUUUGAAAAUCUAAUUUUGGUUGUGUUUCGGUGCGUUUGAAUGCAGAAUGCUCAACAAUUGAACUGACCCUAAGAACUUAAGUGUAUUCAUUUGCUCACCCUAGAAAUAUAAAAUAGCGCACGCACUUUAGAAAGCCCAAAAAGCAAUACCACAAGAUUCUAGCAAUACGAUCUCAAAGCAACGACAUCAGCAACUACGAAUACAGUAUAGAAUACACAUUUGGUUAAUUAAGAAAUUGAAAAAUCCUUUGAAUACUUUUUUGAGUCCUAAAGAAUAUUUUUCAGUUAUCUAAAUUUUUUACUUAUCAAAAAAUGAUUGAUUUGAUAUAUUUUUGAAGAAAAACAGAAGACGUUAAAAUUUUCUUACUGCACAAAAAAUACUCAGAAGAUGCUAGAUAGACGCAACUAAAGAAAUUAUCACUAAUCACAAUUUAGUUAUUCUCUUUGAUUUGGAAAAUAUUUUUCCCAAUUUUGGUAAUCCUAUGCAAAAUUAUUCCUAAGCAAAAUUCAGAAAAUUCCUAACGCGAAAUUCAUAUGUAAUCUGAGCCAUUGUUUCGUGUUGUAGACUAAGCAAUAAAAUAUACAAAAAAUAUAAAUUAAAGCAAAGGCAUACAGAUAAUAAAUAUGUAAUAAUAUUUAGCAAGGCAAAAGGUCCUCCGAGGUGUUCGCUUAGACUCUGAAUUAGAGCUUAGGACAUAUCUGCGCUAGUCCUUAGACCUCUGUUGGCAGUAACUCAAACUCAAAGUAAUUAGUUAAGGCUUACCAAAGAAACUGAAACGAAUUUUCAAUGCUUCGAAAUCUGUAUACUUUUUGUUUGGCUUAGCGCGCAAAAAGUAUAAAAUAAUAAUUAAGAAAAUUUCAUAUAAAAUGAAUGAAAUACACAUUAGUAAUAGUAAUUAAGUGACAAUUUCAGAUACUAAAGAGAUCUAUUAAACACAAGAAGUCAAUAAAAUUGCAAGUAAGCAAACUAAGAUAGAAA